UGGGGGAAGGGAGGGAGGUGGGGGCGCGCAUCAGGAUGGGAUGUUGAGGGAGAUGACGUAGGGGCCGGCGGCGUGGGGAGGGGAGAAGCGGGGGAAGCCGUGGCGAGAUUAAGUAAUGAGAACUUGGGCCCAGUUGUUUCCAAGCCUGAAAGGGCAGAAUAUGUUCGUAUCCUUUCUGACUUCCCAGGCAAAUUCAGCGUUUUCCACAUUUAGGAGACUGCAGAAAGGUGGGGCAGAUAGAUUGGAGAUGGCAAAGAUCUUUUUGGGUAUAUAUGGGCCUGGAGAAGUAAUGGAAUAAUUUCUAAUUUUUGGAGAAGCCCUCAUGCUGGGAUGGCAGAAGAUGAAGCUGAUGCUAAGAGCCCAAAGACUAGGGGAAGGGCCUCCUCAGGUAGUGCUGAGGCAGGGGAACCUACCACCCUUCUUCAGAGGCUCCGAGGUACCAUUUCCAAAGCCGUGCAGAACAAAGUAGAGGGAAUCCUGCAAGAUGUACAGAAAUUCUCAGACAACGACAAGCUGUAUCUCUACCUUCAGCUCCCCUCAGGGCCGAGUACAGGAGACAAAAGCUCAGAGCCAAAUACACUCAGCAAUGAGGAGUACAUGUAUGCCUAUAGGUGGAUCCGCAACCACCUAGAAGAGCAUACUGACACCUGUCUGCCAAAGCAAAGUGUUUAUGAUGCCUAUCGGAAGUACUGUGAGAGCCACGCCUGUUGCCGCCCACUCAGCACAGCCAACUUUGGCAAAAUCAUCAGAGAGAUCUUCCCUGACAUCAAGGCCCGAAGGCUUGGUGGCCGGGGCCAGUCCAAGUAUUGCUACAGUGGUAUACGAAGGAAGACUUUGGUGUCUAUGCCACCCUUGCCUGGACUUGACCUAAAGGGCUCUGAGAGUCCAGAAAUGGGCCCAGAAGUAACCCCAGCACCUAGAGAUGAACUGGUUGAGGCAGCCUGUGCCCUGACCUGCGACUGGGCAGAGCGAAUCCUGAAACGGUCCUUCAGUUCCAUCGUUGAGGUCGCCCGCUUCCUGCUACAGCAGCAUCUCAUCUCUGCCCGAUCUGCACAUGCCCAUGUGCUCAAGGCCAUGGGGCUUGCUGAAGAGGACGAACAUGCCCCUCGAGAACGGUCAUCUAAAUCCAAGAAUGGUGUAGAGAACCUAGAGGGUGGAGCCCAUAAGAAACCAGAGAGACGGGCCCAGCCUCCUAAAGACGUGGAACCCCGGGCUGGGGCUGGCCCUGCAGCACGCGGAGAGCGGAAGAAAAGCAUAGUGGAGAGCCCGGCCCCAGCAGCCAAUAACCCGCAGGUUAAUGCCCUGGUGGCCCGGCUGCCUCUGCUUCGCCCUCGGGCCCCUCGCUCGCUCAUUCCGCCAAUCCAAGUCUCUCCACCCAUCCUGGCCCCCAGGCUUUCUUCAGGCGCUCUGAAAGUAGCGACGCUGCCUCUGCCCAGUAGGGCUGGGGGACCCCAGGCAGCUGUGCCCAUCAUUAAUAUGAUCUUACCAACUGUUCCUGCUUGGCCUGGGUCUGGGCCUGGGCUUGGGCCAGCUCCACCUGGGGGGCUCACUCAUCCGCGGGGCACAGAGAAUAGGGAGGUAGGCAUAGGUGGUGACCCAGGACCCCAUGACAAGGGUGUCAAGAGGACAGCUGAAGUACCUGUGAAUGAGGCCAGUGGGCAGGACCCACCAGCUAAAGCAGCAAAGCAGGAUAUAGAGGAUACAGGAAGUGAUGGCAAAAGAAAACGGGGGCGCCCUCGAAAAAAAUCAGGUGGAAGUAAGGAAAGGAAUUCUACCCCUGACAAGUCAGCAGCUGCUAUGGACUCUGCCCAGUCCUCAAGGUUACCACGGGAGACAUGGGUCUCUGGAGGGGAAAGCAACUCAGCUGGAGGGUCAGAGAGGCCAGGCCCAAUGGGAGAGGCUGAGAAGGGGACGGUGCUUGCCCAAGGUCAGGAAGACGGUGCUGUUUCCAGAGGAGGAAGGGGCCCCAGUUCCCGGCAUGGCAAAGAAGCAGAACAUAAAAUUCCUCAUGUCACCCCGAAAGUGAGUGUCAUCAAGGGCAGUAGAAGCCAAAAGGAGGCUCUUCAUUUGGUAAAGGGAGAGUUAGACACUGCAGCACAGGGUAAUAAAGACUUAAAGGGGCAUGUGCUUCAAAGUUCCUUAUCCCAUGAGCAGAAAGACCCCAAAGCAACACCCCCGUGAUAGGAAUGUGGGGAAGAGUGUUCACAUCAUAUGUUAACUCUACCUGUCCGCCUAGUAGAGGCCCUUCUCUGCACUUGCUUCUCCUUUGGCUCUUCUUUUCUGAAGAGAAUUUAUGCUAUUCUGUAUAGACAGCUAAGGCACCCUGUCCUACACAGUGCUUGGUUCCUGCCUCUGACCUUUCCAGCUCAAUACCCUUGGCUUUAGAGUCACUAAUAAAUCUGUAGUGACCAUCUUACCUGGAUCCCUGUGCUAUCCUGUGAGAAGAUAGGGAUGGAAUAAGUAUGAUGAAUGUCUAAGUUAGGAAUCUUUUGGUUUUAAAUCGUAGAAAACCUAACUUAAACUGGCUUAAAAAUAAAGAUAUAUUGGCUCAUGCAACUGGAAAGUCCAGAGGUAGUGCUGGCUCCAGUAAAGCUGAUCCAGUGGCUCACUAUGUCUCUAAAUACCUGGUUGACUUUUUACCCUGCUGCUCUACCUUCUGUAGGCUCAUCUUAAGCCUGGGCCGCCUCAUGGCUGCCAGCACUCCUACUAUUACAUGUUUCUUCAUUUAUGUUCAACCAGAAAGAGAGGGCAUCUUUGUGUGGGAAUCCUAGCCAAAACCCUCACUCUGAUUAGGCCAGCCUGGGUCACAUGUCCACCCCAAACCAAUCACUGUGGCCAGGGAUGGUAUAUGCUAAUUUGCUUAUUCUACAUCAUGGACUGCACUUGUGGAAAAAAAAUGCCUCCUGAGAAUCACAUAGAUCCCCAAAUGGAAACAGGGAGGGGGGGUCUUGGGGAGGCAGCUGACACCUACCACUACUAUGAAGCACAUGUGGUUUUAGCUUGCUAGGUUGAGAUCAGCUGUACCUCCUUCCUUUUUUUCUCAUAGUCUUGGAUUUUCCUUACUGCAGUUCUAAUUUCUUUCCUCUUGUUCUAGUCUCAAGAGGAAUGAGAGGGAAGUCACUCUACUUUGGGGACUAUCUCUUUAGUCUCAUUUAGAUGACUAUCUAAGUUUUUUCACCUAUAUUUCAGAGAUGGAACUUCUUCCUUUUCCUAUUUUCUGAAUUUUAGUUUCCUCCUCAUUCCUGCUUCCUUAUCCCUCACCCUACUGCCACUUUCAUCAAGUAGAGUGAAAGAUUUACUUCCUAGUCAUUUUAUUAAAUUCAUUCUGUAUCCA